AAUGACGAAAUGAGGCAGGUCGGAAGAAAUUGAUCCAGCUUCCAUAGUCAAUAGAACACACAGAAAAUACAGUCAAUAAACCAAAGAAUUGGUAUUUAUCGUAUUAAUUUUGUGUUCACACCGUCAAUUCAUACUCUAUUUCUGUUGUAUUUUUUUUGGUAAUCUUUCAAUUUCAUAAUAAAAAUGACAGAAAAGAGUUCAAACAUGAGUUUUUGCAUUCCCUGUUUCUUUUCCUCACCUAGUGUUUCAGAUGAUGAAUAUAUUCCAAGUGCAUCAAGUCUUCAAGGUUUCCGUGUUUUUUCUUACAAGGAGCUUAAGACUGUCACGAAUGACUUCAAGUCUUCAAAUAAAGUUGGAGAAGGCAGCUUUGGCUCUGUCUACAAGGGAUGCCUUGAAGAUGGAUCUACAGUGGCAGUUAAAGUACUUUCAGUUGAACUCGAGUCACUGCAAGGAGAAAGAGAAUUCAUAUCUGAAAUCACUGCAUUAUCUAACAUCAAACACGCAAAUCUUAUCAGCCUUAAAGGAUGCUGCAUAUCUUCUGGCAACAGAUUUUUGAUAUAUGACUACAUGGAAAACAACAGCAUUGCCCUUGCCUUUCAAGGAGGAUAUGAAAGCAGAAGAAAAUUUAGUUGGAAAAUAAGGAAGGAGCUGUUACUAGGAAUAGCCAAAGGACUUGCCUUUCUUCAUGAGGAAGUUAAGCCUCACAUUGUGCACCGGGAUAUAAAACCUGCCAACAUACUUUUGGAUAAAAAUUUCAAACCAAAAAUUGCAGAUUUUGGUUUGGCAAAACUAUUCAUGGAUAAUACGUCUCAUGUGAGUACUCGUGUAGCCGGGACAUUGGGAUAUCUUGCUCCAGAAUAUGCAAUUUCUGGUCAUUUGACUAGGAAAUCGGACAUAUAUAGUUUUGGGGUACUGCUAUUACAUAUGGUUAGCGGGCUUCCAGUGGUGGAAUCAAACUUAGAGCAAGGAGAUACAUACCUAGUGAAAAAGGUAUGGAAAGUGUACAAAGCUAAAAACCUUCAACAGCUGAUGGACCCGUCACUUGAUGGAGAUUACCCUGAAGAAGAGGCUAGCGAAGUGUUAAAAGUUGGGCUACUUUGUGUUCAAGAGACUUCGGGUCUUCGGCCUCAAAUGUCUGCAGUAGUGAAGAUGUUAACAGAUGGAAAAAGUAGUGAACAAGUUUCAAUAUCAAAACCUGGUCAUCUUCCUGAUCUCAUGUACCUUAAGAUAGGCCAAGACCAUUCCCUAGAUAGUACUGCAUUCAGCAAAAGCUCUACGUCGUUUAGCAGUUGACACCACACCAGUACAGGAAUUACCUAGCUUAAUUGUUUUUAUAAACUCUAAUUGAUUCAUGUGAAUUUUUCCAGGAGAUUGUUACUUCAACUAACUACAUAUUUGUGUUACAUUUAUUUAUUUAUCAAUAAAAGUAGUGUGUAGAUUGUUUUGCA